GGCAACAGCGCAGAUGACCAACUGACCAACGCAAUAGACCAAUUUGUAUAAUCAAAGCGAUUAAAACCAUAAAACGAUCCUUCAUCUACGGCUACAGUCAUUCGAAGCAUACACGCGAUUCGACGAUACACAUCACAUCCGAUUGCUGGUCUAAGUCAGUAUUUGAUAACUUUGUGAAUUCCCCCAAGUCAAGAGAAAUAAUUCAAAAUGGUGGCUGGUUGUGGACCAAAGAUUGCGAAGCUUUUCCUGUUCAUAUUGAACUUCUGCGUGUGGGCAGCAGGCAUUGUGCUGAUUUCUAUAGGAUCAUGGAUAACCGCCCGGCAACAAGAAUACACGGAUCUCUUCGCGGAGGAUACCAUAUUGAUUGUGACUGGUAUAACGAUAGGGGUGGGGUGCUUCAUCUUCCUGGUAGGUUUCUGUGGAUGCUGUGGCGCCCUCAAGGAAGGAACGUUCCUCCUCAAACUGUAUUUCUUCUUCAUGGUUCUGAUCAUCUUACUGGAGAUCACCGCCGGCAUUCUCGCUUUCGUCUUCGAUGAUGAGCUUGAGGCCAGUAUGAUUGAAGGAAUGACAUACACCAUCACCAACACUUACCCAACAACAGACGCCUCCAAGGAAUCUGUAGAUGGUAUUCAAAAUUCAUUUGACUGCUGUGGUGCUACGGGGUACGCAGACUAUGCAAACUCGUUGAACUUCCCCAGUAACCUGGCCGUGCCUGAAUCGUGCUGUGUGGACGGAGCGAGUGUUUCACAGUGCCAGACCGGUACCAAGGGCAAUCCGACCUUCCCCACCCUCGUCAACAGCCAGGGAUGUGUCGAUGCGUCGAUUGAUGAUAUUCAAGAUAAUUAUCUUAUCAUCGGAGCCGUCUGUCUUGCUCUUCUUGUGUUCGAGAUUUUCACGAUGGUGUUUGCCUGCUGUGUCAUUAGUGGCAUUGACAAAGGAGAAUAUGCAUAAACAUUGAGCGAAUGAGGCAUGUUGGAUAUUAGCCAUGUGGGUCACGUGCUGCGUAAUUAGUGCCAUCGACGUUUAUUAAAUGAGCAAGUGGGAGUGUCUUCAAUCUGGGAUUCGACCAAUCAUAGAGUCGUACCGAGCCACUUAUGGAAAAUGACGUACAAUCUUUAAAGAACUAUUAAACAUUGAACAACGGAAGCAACAAUUCAUAAGGAAAUGAUCAUAUUUUAAAAUACAUCUUGUAUUAUUCCCAAUGAUAUGUAAAAAGUACUAUACCCAAAUAGUUGUUCUUAAAUUUCCUUUGCAAAUGAAUACAUGUAGAUUGCUUAAUUACAUUUUGAUUACAAAAUGCCUAAACACAUAUUUUUACAUUUGUAAAUACAUCUGCAUGCACUUUUGAUAUAAUAUUCGUUUAUUUGUUUUCCUUUUAUCAAGUUGGUUAUUGUAAUAGCAAACAAUAAUUAGAUUGGAUUACAUCUUCCCUAAAAAAAAAAAUCAACAUUUGGUGGGUUGCAUUUAUCAUGCUAAACUGAUUUUAUUGUAUGUUUGCAUUAUUUAAUUUACUUGGAAGUACACGUGAUAUUGAACAAUAAACCUUUUGAUAAAAUCCACGUGUUCCAGCUAGGUUUUAAAAAGUCAACAUUUAGUGAAAUGCAGUUGUCAUGGAAAUACAAGCUUAUUAAUUUUGUGGUUUCGUAUCUUAGUUACCUGGAAGUAAAAAUAUAUAAAGCAAUAAAAACAACUUCAACGUA